UCAUAAAGCGCGAGCCGCCCAUCUCUGUGCCACGUAGAAAACAUUCCAGCCUCCAGGCCUGCGUUUCCGCUUUUCACUGCAAAACUGAGCUCUUUCCUGCCCGUUCCCCAUGUAAAGUGACACCGGGGGCAAAAGAAGAAGAAGUUAGAGUGAGUUUGAGGACCGUCCACCACGUCUACACACCCCGUUUCAUCUACAGUCCGCGAGAGUGAUCGAGGAGAGUCUGCUGCAGCGCGCGAACGCAGCAACCCAGACCUUAGCUAAAACAACGGAAGAUGAAACGAUUAACGGUGCAAAUGAUUCUCCUGGCGAUCCUAGUAACGGUAGUGGCGUGCAACCCGCCGCCGGUACCGUUAGAUGACAUCGUUAUUGAGAAGACGUUCACUCCGGAACGCUGUGACCGCCUGGUCAAGUCAGGAGACUUUGUUCGUUAUCAUUAUAUCGGCACGUUCCCUGAUGGAAAGAAGUUUGACUCCAGUUAUGACCGUGGCACCACAUAUAAUGUGUUUGUUGGCCAGAAGAAGUUGAUCGCUGGGAUGGACAAAGCUUUAGUGGGCAUGUGUGUAAAUGAACGAUGGAUGAUCAAAAUCCCUCCUCAGCUUGCCUACGGAAAGGAAGGCUAUGGCGACAUCAUCCCCGCAGAUUCCAUCCUUCACUUUGAUGUGCUGAUGUUAGACAUUUGGAACCCAGAGGACAAGGUGCAGAUAAAGACGUACUUCAAGCCAGAGAGCUGUAACCGCACUGUGGAAGUGUCUGAUUACAUCCGUUACCACUACAAUGGUACUCUGCUCGAUGGCACGCUGUUCGACUCCAGUCACACACGUAUGCGCACCUAUGACACUUACGUGGGGAUUGGCUGGCUCAUUGCGGGAAUGGACCAGGGGCUUUUGGGAAUGUGUGUGGGAGAAAAACGCAUCAUCACCAUACCACCUUUCCUCGGCUAUGGAGAGAACGGGGAUGGAAGUGACAUCCCCGCUCAAGCCUCUCUGGUGUUUGAUGUGAUUCUGCUGGACCUUCAUAACCCCAAAGAUGAAAUCACAGUACAGGUGGAAUACCUUCCAGAUCCUUGUCCACGCAAAAGUCAAGUUGGAGACUUCAUGCGGUAUCAUUAUAACGGAUCCCUGCUGGACGGCACAUUUUUUGACUCCAGUUAUUCAAGGAAUCGCACAUAUGACACUUACAUCGGUAAAGGCUAUGUGAUCGCAGGAAUGGACCAAGGACUCCUGGGUGUGUGUGUUGGAGAGCGCAGGAGGAUUGUGAUCCCACCUCACCUGGCGUAUGGAGAAGAAGGCACAGGAACUAAGAUCCCUGGCUCAGCUGUGCUGGUGUUCGAUGUCCACAUUAUUGAUUUCCACAACCCAUCUGAUACAGUUGUGAUCACCAGUGUGAAGCCAGAGAACUGCACCUACAAUGCAAAAAAUGGUGAUUUUGUCAAAUACCACUACAACGCCUCUCUCAUGGAUGGCACCAACAUCAGCUCCACGCACACUAUUGGCAAGACGUAUGAUGUGGUUCUGGGAUCCGGACAGGUGGUUUUAGGCAUGGAACAAGGGCUGAUGGGAAUGUGUGUUGGAGAGAAGCGCAACCUAGUCAUUCCACCUCACCUUGCCUAUGGAGAGAGGGGAGUUGAUGGAGAGGUCCCUGGCAGUGCUGUGCUGGUGUUUGAUGUUGAAAUGGUGGACAUGGAGGAGGGUCUUCCUGACGGCUACAUGUUUGUGUGGAACAACGAUGUCUCUCCUGAUCUUUUCAGUGAGAUGGACAAGAACAAAGAUGCACAAGUGGACUCCACUGAGUUUUCAGAUUACAUCCUCCUGCAGGUAGAAGAAGGCAAAGGUCGUCUUGCACCAGGUUUUGAUACGAAGCGCAUCAUAGAGAACAUGUACGAUAACCAGGACCGCAACAAGGAUGGACGAAUCACAGAGGAUGAGUUUAAACUCAAGGCAGAUGAAGUCACUCAUGAUGAGCUAUGAGGCUGGACUCAGGGAUACAGGGUUGUGAUUGGUUGUGUGGUUUAAUGUUAUAAUAAGUGGGAGGGGUAUAAAGAUACUGAAUUUGCCAGUCAAGUGUCACUGAUGUUUGUUUGAGAAGUGUGUGCUUGUAUGAGUGUGCAUAAUUGUGUUUAUAUAUGAUUUUUGUACAUGUAUUUGAAUGUUUGUAAGAGUCUUGAGUGAUACAAAUGUGCAAAACAUUG